AUGAGAAAACAUUACAAUGACACGCGAGAGACGCGACUCCAAUUGUUUAGAGAAUUGCAUCAAGGCAAAACGACUUUCGGCUGGCAUUGGGCAAAUCUCUACAACGGUCUCGUCCCAGAGGUUUGGUGUCAGUCACUCGUGCGCAUCGGCGCCGUGAGCGACGGCGGGAAAUGGAUGUGUAAUCCGUGGGAAAUGCCCAAGAAUUGUGCAAUUUAUUCUCUGGGUGUGAACGAGGACACCUCAUUCGAAAGGGAACUUCAAACGAUCACCGAUGCGAGAUGCAAAAUUUACGCGUAUGACAAGAAGAUUGUUAACGUCAAGAGUGAAAUGGCGGCUCAUGGAGACGAGAGAAUCGAGAUUUUGAAGAUUGACAUUGAAGGAGCCGAAUUCAUCGUGUUGAGAGAGCUCGUCAAAGUGGUCAAAAUGUGUCAGAAACCGCAACCAUAUUUUGUUCUGAUAAUUGGCAUUCUCUUCAUCGGUUUCCUUAUCGUUUUCGUCGUCCCAGCUCUUUUCGUGCUUUUGAGCUGCUCGUCGGCCGUUCAAUAUAUCGGAGAAGUCAUGAAAAAACACGCCUCUGGAGUGAUGUUCAUCGUAAAAGAGAAGAAAAUCGGCGACUCGUAUGAAGAAUGUCAACAGCUGCAAAUUUAUCGUUGGAUCGCUUUGAUUUUCUAUUAUUUAUUGGUAAGAUUUCGCACAAAU